AUGAAGGUCGCGGUGGUGGUCUCAGCUUUUGCUCUCCUGGCUCAGCCAUUCGCGUCGGCCGAGUCCAGCCUCGCAUACUGUGCUUCAGACAACACAGGGUCUUCCUUCAAAGCAGUUUCCGACACAUUUCAAUCAAAUGGAGCAUGUCAAACUACUUGCGCCAAUUACGCCCUAGGUAUUAUACAAGGGAAGAAAUGCUGGUGCUCAAAUGUUGCUCCCUCCAAGGGAUCGCAAUCCGACACCUCCGACUGUGAUAGUUCAUGCCCGGGUUACCCCUCAGACAGUUGUGGAAGUGCAUCCAAAGGUGUAUUCGCCUACGUGAGCAUUGUCGGCAAUGACGUGACUAGCACAGCCGGCGGUUCAACCUCAACCACUUCGUCAACAUCAACGUCGACCUCGGAGAGUACUAGCGUCCAGCCUACAACUGUCACUGUCACUGCCUCCGUCUCUUCCAUCUCGACUUCACAAACUACAACCUCGUCGGAUGAUAAGACAACCACUACCUCAUCUUCUGUCUCGUUGGAGACCAACUCUGGUGGCCAAGUCAAGACAGUCACCGUUGCUGCUACGAGUGAGACUGCUGGCGCUGAUUCCGCAUCGGCAACUACUGGUGCCGUCGGGACGAAAUUGAGUGGAGGUUCCAUCGCAGGCAUUGUAAUUGGUGUCCUUGGAGGAAUCGCCCUGAUCGGUGCUCUCAUCUUCUUGAUCUUCUUCUAUCGCAAACGCGCUCGCGCUGCCAGCCCUAUUCCAAGCCAGGACAUGACGGAGGACAGAACCAGCAGGGGAUCGAGUUUCAUGGGAGGUUUCUUCCCGCGGGGCAAUGGAGAAGGUGGUGCUGGUGGACCUAUUCCCGCACGUUCGGGCACAACAUUCACCGAUCGGCGAAUGAAGACCAACACGGUCCUCUACCCGAAUGGUCCUCGGGACAGCAGUGUUUCGCUGCAAGACAACGAAGAUUACUCGCGUCCUGUUCUUCGGCUUACCAACCCCGACUAA